CGGGUGAGUGUCCGAUUCCUUCGUGGUUCUGUAUCAUUAAUCGUGCAACGAUGUUCGUAAAUGGUCUUAUUGUGGCGCACGGUGUAUAAAGUAACUCAGCGCGAUUCCCAGUAACGGGUCAGCGAACAACCAUGGCGUCGACAGCUCUCAGCGACACUGCGCAACUCUUCAGUGUGAAAGGCUUGGUCGCGGUCGUCACGGGAGGCGCGACAGGGAUCGGGCUUAUGAUAGCGACCGCCCUCGAGAACAAUGGCGCAACAGUAUAUAUCGUCGGCCGGCGCGCAGAAGCACUCGAGAAGGCUGUCAAGGAGCGAAGUAAAUAUGGCAAUAUGGUAGCCCUUCAAGGGGAUGUCUCGUCGAAAGAGUCUCUGAAAGCGAUAGCGGACGUCGUCAAAGCUAGAACCGGAUACGCUAAUCUCCUGGUGAACAAUGCGGGCAUAAGCCUCGCGCUGCAGCCCAAGCUCCCCACGCCCUCCGAGGCGAAUGGCGACAUCACCCAGCUGCAAGCGCUCCUGUGGAACACCGAGAUGCCCGAGAGUUUCAGGAAGACAUUCGAUGUGAAUGUGGCGGCCGUCUGGUUCUGCACGGUUGCAUUCAUGGAGUUGCUCCAUGAGGGGAACAAGCGCACCCUGGCCCCGGGCGGCUCUGGGGUGAGCAGUCAGGUGCUCACCGUCAGUAGCAUAGCGGGGUUCAGGAAGGACAGCGCUGUGUUCACCCUGAGCUAUACCGUGAGCAAGGCCGCGGCGACGCACCUUGGGAAGAUGAUGGCGCACUACUUGAAGGACUGGAAGAUAAGGAGCAACGUGAUAUGCCCGGGUUUCUUCCCGUCAGAGAUGGUGGAUACAAUGAUCAGUGAGGAGGCGAGGAAGGCCUUAGAAGCAUCGAUUCCCUUGAAACGCGCGGGAACAACGGAUGAUAUGGCCGGUCUCGUGCUCUUCCUUGCGAGCAAGGCAGGCUCAUACGUCAACGGAGGCGUCCACGUCAUAGAUGGAGGCAGACUCACCCAAAUACCUUCUACCGCUUGAGAGCACUGAAAGAUAUUGAUUAUCCCGAUUCAACAUGAAUACCGGUGUUAGUUUGUCUUGUUCUACGUCGUGGCAGCGCAUUGUUUUCGGGGGGAGGAUCCACUUCGAUUGAACACAAUGUGCUCACUGCUCACUGCUCAUGCGUCAGUACUCGUAUAUCAAUCCAGUAGCGCUCUAUGGCAAUGCAUCCGGGAAGUACUCACGAAUUGAUCUUGUUUGAUUCACCGGGUAUCUUGUGAGUUUUCCGCUAUGGCAACAUCACCGGGCUGGGCUACAUUAGAACCUGGGGAGGAGGACUAGGGACCCGAAUCAAGCACAUGAUCAUGGCAUGCUAGAUCUGGACAUUAUGCCUUGAUACAGACCUGAACGGCAUUACCCCUUAUUAAAAUAGAGGGAACACGGUUUUGUACACAGCCCGAUAGUGUGUAUAAUAGUUAUGUGAC